UCAUGAUAGGCUGUAUCCUAACUUGCCUAGUCAAAAUUCCUACGGCAUGUACGAGAACAGCGACCUUCCGAUGACGUCCGCCGUUGGGCAUGACGAAGGUGGCUCAAACAAUCAAUCCAUUGUGGUCUGUAAAAUCAAUCGAUAUCUCCAUGCGUGGAACGAAAAAUGGGAUUUGACAAAGCGUAUGCGCUUCAAUUGGACUGUGAGUCUUCGGGUAUACAACACCAGGGUCAUUGACAGUUUCAAGUUGCGACUAUCAGUCGACUUGCCAACAAAGAAUGAAAACUGGAAAUGAAAGUCGUGUCCCUAUCGCCGGGCCGACAUGUUACUAUGCUCUGCGAUAAACUUGUUUUUGCUGCCGGGUUGACGUCGGAGCCGAAUAUGCCUGAAAUUUCCGGAUUAAACUGGACAGCUGGUUCAAUGCUACACAAUGUCCACGCAAAAGACGUAGGCGAAUACUGCCGAGGCCAUCUUGGCUAUCAUCCUGUUCUCGACAGGUUUCAGAGAAGAAGGGAGUUGGAACAUAUAAUGAACAGCACCCGCUGCGUUCUGUGGCGGUAUACGAGACAAAUAAGUCUUUGCUUGAUUUUUUUUUAUUUGUUUGUGUUGCUGCAUCAAGGGUUAUUUGGCAGCAUACGUCUAUUGUUCCCGCAAAUCCGGCUCAAGUACAUUGGAUCAUUCGUGACAAGGGCCCUAGAAUAUCAUGUAUGACACCAUCUGGCUCCUUUCUUCCCAACAAACAGCCCAGUUUCCAGCGACCAAGCACUGGAUCUAUGAGUCUGCUGAUUCAAUGUCUCAAUGAACUGCCUAAAACGAUAUCAUUUGUUUCG